CUUAAAAAAUCCACAUUACGACGACAAAACGUCAGCAAAUAACAAAAGUUAUUUACAUUUAUUUUUUAAUAGAAAACACAUUAGUAAAAAUUAAUUAAUUAUGGAGUCUAUGGGACAGGAGGUUUCUUCUAAUACAAUUAUAGGAGUUGCAUGGCAAUGGAUAGCUUCAAUUGGUUGGUAUUUAGUUGGAUUAUGUUUCAUUUUAUUAAUGGCAUCGUCUUAUUUGCAAGAAAAAUAUAAUAGUUGGAAAUCAAAGAAAGAUGAGGCAGAAUAUUCGGCAAAAUAUCAUAAAGAUCCGGACAUUGUUUAUCAAAGACUAACCGCAAUAGAGGAUGCUAGAAAUCGUAUGCAGGAAAAGUAUAAUCAAGAUUCUGAAACUUGCAAACAAAAAGCUGAAGAGAAUAAAGAGAGAAAGAGACAAGAAUUACUUAAUUCUUCGGAUGGAAAAAAUAAUGGCUAUAAACUAGGAGGUUCAACUAGUGAUUCUAAAUCAAGAUUAUUAAAACAAGAAUACAAUCCACUAAUGGGUAAUUCCAGUAGAGGUUAUCGGCCUCCAAAACGAAGUUGUUGUGGAAAAGGUGGUUGUGGAUAAUAAAUAAAAAUCUCUUCCCUUUAACUACUAUAAAAUUAUUAAUUUUCUAAAUUAAUUUAAAUAGAACAUUUUAAUUUUAAAUAAUCUAUUUUUAAAUCAAUUUUUAUUGAAUUAGUUUUUUAAUUAUGUAAUAUUAAAAUUGUAUAACAAUUUUAUAUGUACAAGGCGUGUUGAAAAAAAAAAUUUUAUAUUUAAAAUUCAUAGGAAAGGAAAUGAUUAAUUAUUAUUUAAAUAAGUUAAUUUGAUUUAAAUACGCAUAAUUAAAAUAAUAUAACAUAAGAUGAUGAAUAUUAUAAAAAAAAUAAUAAAAUCUGUCUGAAAUUUU